AGUCAGUAUCCCACCAACUAGCCCGCACUCCCCGGCCGCGACGAACCCAAAAUCCCCCGACGCCUGGGAUUCGAUCGAUUGAAAUCCGAAACUAAAAAUCCGCCGAGAGGUUCCCCCGCUCCCCCGCCCCCUCCGGAAGUUCGAAAGCAGCGAGAGCCUGGAUCCGCGGAGAUGGCCGGUGCUCUCGCCGGAUCGUGGUGACCUGCGGGGUGGGGUUUGGGUUCGUGCGCGCGGCUAAGAUGGAUUUCGCGGCGAUGAAGCGGCGGGAACUGCAGGCGCUCUGCAAGGAGCACGGCCUCAAGGCCAACGGAUCAAACGCCGACCUGGCCGCCCGCCUCGCCGCCACGCUCCCGAUUUCCGGCGGUGCGGAGGAGGACGCCGUCGGCGUCGUUGUGGGGAAGGGAUGUUUGAAGCGAUCGUCCGGCGGCGCUAUCGGCGGGGAUUCGGAUGCGGCCAAGAAGGUGACGUUUGUGUUGGAGGAAGAGGAGGAAGAGGAGGAGGCGGAGGUGGGUGACAGACGCCGGAGGUCCCAGCUGUUGUUGUCGCCGGUUGUUGCCAGGACGAGGGGUAGGCGGAGGGCCGAGGGUGCUCUCUCUCUCGCUGAAGAAGCUGGGGGGGAGGGUCGUACAACGCGUUCCCAAGUUGGUAGUGAUUCUGCUGACGAAAGUGAUGGUGGGAAGGCAGGUGCAGAUGCUGUGACGAGGCGGCACACGAGGAAUGCAGCCAAUUUGGGUGCAGGUGAUGUGGUUGAGAGGGUAGCUGGAGCUGCAGGUCGGAAAACCCCUGCCAAAUCCGAGCAACAAGAGGUGGACGCUGGAGAAGCAGUUGGUAAGAAGCAUCAGCUGAAGCGGAAGACCAGGGAGAAUGAGGCUGACGAUGUGGAUGUCAGUGUGCAAGUUGGAGUUUCUCGCAGAAGCGCAAGGGCUAGUGCUCUUCAGUCUGAACCUGCUGCCGCACCGUCUCCUGUUGUUCACAACAAAAGAGGGAGGAAGAAGGCAGGAGAUAUCAAGGAACAAGAUCGUGUCAAGGAGCAACCUACUGAAAUUCAACAUGUGGGCAGAAGAUCUGGAUCGGUUGUUGUCACUCCACUGACGCCUGCUGUUUCUGAAAAUAAGAGAAGUAGGUCAAAGGUGCUGGAAGGGAAAACUGCCGUGGAGAAGGUUGCUGAUGUGGAAAUAUCUGGUAGGACUACAAGAUCAAGCUCCGUAGCAGCUGACGCGACGUCACCAAUUGUUGUUGUGAACAAGAGGAGAAAGAAGGAAAGUGUCUGCUCAGAUGAAGGGCCACAUACAGUUCCAGAUGUGACAAAUGGUGCUCCUGUUACAAGGGUCUUGAGGAAUAGAGCUAUUCAGACCGUUGGCAGUACUGACUUGAAGGUAGCUCAGCCAACCAUGCUCAAUUCCGCCAAAGAUGGCGUAGAAGAUGGUGUGGCUAAGCGAGGUGGGCAUGUGGGGUCCAAAAAGAGGAAAAUGCCGAAUGGUAGGGCUACAGUAGCCACAAAUGGCGGUGAAAUCCCAUUUUCUGAUAGCAAUGGUAAGGCUUCUGCUAUGGACAUGCACUUAGAGAUACCUGGGCCUGUGAGAAGAUCAAUGCGGAAAUCUGUUGUUCCAUUGUUUCUUGAGCAUGAAACCAAAGGUAUGCAUGGAGAUGUGGAGAUCAAAGAAACAGUGACAAAACCUGUUGGGCGAUCAACCCGGCGGUCUGUUGCCCCAGUUAUACUUGAGAAAGAGUGCAAGGGUCUCACAAAACCUGUGGAGAUCAAAGCAACAGUGACAAAACCUGUUGGGCGAUCAAACCGCCGAUCUGUUGCCCCAAUUACUCUUGAGAAACAGUGCAAGGGUCUCACAAAAGAAAUGGUUCCUCAAGCGCAUGUUAAGGGACCAGCAAAGAAAUCUGUUGUCUUGUCUAUGACUGAGAAAGGAAGAAAGAGCAUCGUUACAGACAUGAUUCCAGAAGCGCGUGCUGGAAGGUCAACGCGGAAACCUGCUCUUGCUAUUGUUAAUAGUAAGAAGAAUGAUCACUGUGAAGCAGCCAGCAGUGAGAAGUCUUCAAGUGCUAAGAGUGAGGAGUUGGAGAAGCAACAAACAGUCAAGGAACCUGUUAGACGGUUAACACGGAAAUCAUUUGUCCCAGCUGUGCUUGAGAAGGACAGGAAGGUUGUACCUGCAGAAAUGAAUCCUGAUACACAGGUCAAUAAUGAGAAUGGUGAUCACACUAAUAUGGAAUGUGCUAAGGGUGAACACUUGGAGAAACAACUAGUAGUGAAAGAACCAUCUAGGCGAUCAACGCAUGAAUCUGUUGCCCCACAUGUGAUGGAGAAAGAAAUUAAGGGUUUACAAGAAGAAUCAAAGUCUGAAGAUCCUGUGAGCACAUCCGUUCGUAAGCUGGCUGGUCCUAAUGCGGUUGAUAAGCAGAGCAAAGAUCACAGAGAAAUUGUCCCACAUGUGAUUGAGAAAGAAAUUAAUGGUUCUCAAGAAGAAUCAAAGCCAGAUGUUCCUGUGAGGACAGUGUGUAAACUGGCUGGUCCUAAUGUGGUUGAUAAGGAGAGCAAGUAUCACACUGAAAUUGUCAGAAGGGAAGAGUCAAGUGUUCGCCCAAGAAGCGCACAAACAAGACAUUCUGUUCAGAAUGAUGCGAGUCUGCGGCACACAAGAUACAGAUCUUCAAAGCUAGCAAUAUCACCGCUACAGUCAAAGCCCACAGCUUCAAAGGGAAGACUGACAAAGAGGAGUGGAACUGCAUCUUUGGAAGAAGUUAUGCCUCCUGAAGAGCAGAAGGAAGAACAAAUUGCUCAUGGUGUCGACACGAGUGAUACGAUCGAUGUUGCCAGUGCUAAUAGCUUGGAAAGUGGGGUGCUACCUUCCCCAGCUGAAAAAUCUGAUUUGCGUGACUCCCAGCUUAAAUCUCAGCCGGAGGGCACAGUUGUUGAUUCCAGCAUCAGCCUUGGUAAAGAUGUUAGUAAUAGCUUGGAAAGUGGGGUGCUACCUUCCCCAGCUGAAAAAUCUGAUUUGCGUGACUCCCAGCUUAAAUCUCAGCCGGAGGGCACAGUUGUUGAUUCCAGCAUCAGCCUUGGUAAAGAUGUUAGUACCAGCUUGGAGUUUGAGCUCGAGAGCCCAGUAGUAGGUACCACUGACACUGAGAAGCCUUCGUCCGAUUUAACUAUUCCGGACUGUAAACAUGUAGGUGAUUUAUCUGAGGAAGCCCUGGACUCAACAGAAAAUGAUGCUGGAAGGUGCUCACCAGAUCUUGGAAACAUAGAAGGACCUGAUACACAUAAUACUAGUCCAUCUUUUAAAAAUGGCAUAGAAGAAUCAGAUGUUCACAAGGUUGAAUGUCAAGUUGAAACAGUUGCUUCAUUAAAACCUGACUCAUAUCAAGGCUCUGAUGAAUAUUCAACCAGAGUUGAAGAAAGUGUAGGUUUAAUGUUUUCGUCUCAGCAUAAUAAUGAACAAGAAGGAUUUACAGUUUCCACCCUCAGAAAAGAUUGGGUUGCAUCCGUGCAGCUGUAUUCGUCAGAGGAUGUACAUCAUACAGUAAGGGAUGUUACUAGAAAGGACGGGAUCUGCUACAAGGAAGAGAAAACGGCCCUUAUUCCUUCAGACAUUAAUGCUCUCCAUGAAAAAUCACAUGCGGAUGAACCUGCUGAGCACGUUUCUGGUGUUAGUGGAGCUCUAUUUCGCAUUUCACAGAGCACCACUAUUGUUGAUGAAGUUAAUUCGGAUUCUUCACAACUAGAAUCAGUUGAUGCUUUAGAUAAUCAUAUAGUAUCUUCUAAUACCAAAGGGCUUCAAAAGGAUAACAUAGAGGAAUGCAAUCUAUACAAUGCUAGAGUUACAGAAGGCAUCCAUGCAAGUGUCAUGUCUGAAGCUGAACGGGUUGCGGUACCAGAAACAUUAGCAUUGCAUGAGCUGCUUAAGCGCAAUCUGGAGGGUGAUGAUCUCGAAGUACAAAGCUUUAACCACUGUGAAGAUGAAUCUCCAAAACAAUCUACAUGUGAGGGUCAAAGCUUUUUAGGGUCAGGUAUUUGUCAAACUGUUUCACAAAGGUAUACAGAUUUAGUUUGUGUCAAGGAUCAUGAAGAUGAAUGCAAUCAACACAGUGAAGAUCAGCUUACUUCAGGCAUCCUAGGAAGUGGCAUGUCUGAACCUGCACUUGUUGAACGAUCGGAAAUUGGAAUGGCUUUGUUCCCAGCUGCAGAAACAUCACCAUUUUCAGAUGAGCAGCUUAACACCAAGCUGGAGGGCAACGCUGAACAAAGCCUUAUCAGUGACAAAGACAGCAGCAAUAUUACUCUCACUGAUUUUUUGGGAAAGAAUCAUCUGUCUAGCUUCAAGGGCCCUAUAAUGGAUCCUUGGCAUGACCAGGAGCUCCCAAAUGACAUGCCUGCACCUAAACCUCCUGAAGAAUCUGCAGUUUUUCUGGAUGACAAAGUCUCGGGUUCCGUGCAAAGCCGUAGCUCUGAUAAAGAUGGUAGCAACAUCUCUGACACUGGAUCUUUGGGAAACAAGAAUCUGUCCAGCAUGAAGGACCCUUCAAUGGAUCCUUGCCAUGACCAGGAACUCCCCAGUGACCUUUCAAUGGAUCCUUGCCAUGACCAGGAACCCCCCAGUGACAUGCCUGCACCUAAAUCUCCUGAAGAUCUUGCAGCUUGUAUGGAUGAGAGAGUGUCAGGUUCAGUAGGGAUUUGUCAAACUAGUGCAAGUAUAGUCAAAGGAAACCACAUUGCUAUGGAUCCCCACUGUGCUGUGAAGCAAGUGGAUAACCUGAGCCAAUCUGCAGCUGCCUUGCUGAGAAAUAGGAAGAGAACACCUUGUAAGCCCGAUGGUCUUGAGCCUCUCAGUGAUGACUUGUUUGUGAUUGAUUCAUCAACACCUAUGGAGCCUCUACUGGCGGAAGCAGGACUCAAAGUUGGCAGUCCUGACAAGAAACUACCUAUGGAGCAGGUUCAGCAAGAUGAUUUACAAGUGCAAGAAGGUACCGUAGAGAAGCCAUCAUUAGAUUCAGCCACAUCAGAGAGUAAACAUGAAUGUAUAUUACCUGAUAAAGCAGGUUAUCUCUCAUUGAAGAAUGAGAUAUAUCCAUCAAGUAUUGAACAGUCCCUUUCCUCGCAGGAUGAUGUACAAGUAGAGGCAGGUACCCUAAAGGAGACAGCACUAGGUUCGACUACACCAGAGUGUAAAGAUGAAUAUGAAUUUCUUGAUGAAGCAGAUCCACACUCAUUGAAGCACGAGAGAGGUUCAUUGAUUGUUGAACAAUCACCAUUUAGUCUGCCGAAGACCCUUUUCUCGCAGGGAAGUGUAGAAGAACCCAGUGAAUGUGUUGUCCUUUCUUCAGCAAGAGUUCAGUCUGAAAAUGGAGUUUGCGAGUCAAAUUCUGGUUCCGACCGUGAUACUAGUGUAGACUUUAGUGCAGUUUCCAAAAGUAAAGAUUGUCUGGAUACUUCUGAGCAAGAUAAGGAAAAUGAAGGAUUAACGGAGGCUAGUCAUCAACAAGGUGAUCUCCAAGUACAAGAAGAUACCGUGGAGAGGACAGUACUAGGUUCAGAUGUACCAGAGUGUAAACAUGAAUGUGGAUUACCUGCUGAAGCAGAACCCCGCUCAUUGAUGAAUCAGAGAUCAAGUAUUGAGCAAUCGGCAUUUGCUGUGCAGUCCCUUAUCUCAAAGGAGGAUGUUCAAGUACAAGGUAUUGUAGAGAAGACAGUAGUAGGUUCAGCUACACCGGAGUGUAAACAUGAAUGUGUAUCACCUGAUAAAGCAGGACCACGCUCAUUGAAGAAUGCGAGAUAUCCAUCAAGUAUUGAACAAUCUAAAUUUCAUCUGCUGUCCCCUUCCUCGCAGGAUGAUGUACAAGCACAGGAAGGUACCCUAGACAAGACAGCACUAGGUUCAGCUACACCAGGGUGCAAAGAUGAAUAUGGAUUUCCUGAUGAAGCAGAUCCACAUUCAUUGAAGCACGAGAGAGGUUCAUUGAUUGUUGAGCAAUCACCAUUUAGUCUGCCGAAGACCCUUUUCUUGCAGGAAAGUGUAGAAGAACCCAGUGAAUGUGUUGUCCUUUCUUCAGUAAGAGUUCAGGCAGAAAAUGGAGUUUGCGAGGCAAAUCUUGGUUCAGACCAUGAUACUAUUGCAUACUUUAAAGCAGUUUCCAAAAGUGGAGAUUUUCAGGAUACUUCUGAGCAAGAUGGUGAAAAUGAAGGAUUAACGGAGGCUAGUCAUGGACUAGAGCAGGUGGCAACUGGUCAGCUAGAUUUGGAGGCUGUAAAUAUAAUGGAGGACGCUGAUUCUGAGGAAGUAGCCUAUGAUGAAGAAAAUAAGAAGCUUGUUCAUCCUACAGACAUGAAUUCUUUGUGUGAAAAAAUAAUUGUCAGCAGACCUGUUGAGCAUGCUUCUGGUCUUGGUGAUUCUUUAUUGAGCAGGUCACUAAUUCCUUCUACUGACAACAAUGAUGUGCUUCUGAGUUCUAAUCCUUGCCUGUUUGAAUCAACUAAUUUCCUGGAUGAAAUAGAUUCGUCAAAUACUAAGGCUUUGCAGCAGGGUCUCAAAAAGCAGCAAUGUGAUGAGUGCAAGGAAUACCAAAUUCCUUUUGAAGCCGGUAUAAACGAUAUGAUUGAAACUGGCACUGAAAAAGACAGAGACAGUGGAGUUCCACCACUUCCAUCUGAACAAACAUCAAAUAUUCUUAUGGAGCGGCUUAACACUAAGCUGCUGGGCACAGAAGCUCCGGAAUUUGACCUUAGCUGUGACAAAGAUGGUAGCGAUUAUUUAGAGACUGAACCUGCUGUGAACAAUGUUUGUAGAAAUAUUCUUAUGGACUACAGUUUACCAAAGGAUUGUUCUACGGAUGAUUACCAGCAAAUGGGGCUCUUUGAAGACCUUUCUGAACAAAAAUCUCCUGACAAUGCUUCUGUGUGCUGGGAGGACAGUGAUCCAAGAGGAGUGUCAGCUACCAUUGAGAAGCCUUCACCUUCAUUUGAUUUAGCAAUUCCAGAUUUUAAACAUGAAGGCGCUCUAGCAGAGGAAGCAGUGUACUCAAUGAAGAAUAACACUGAAAGCUGUUCACGAGAUCACAGACGAUCGUCCAUUGGGCUUCAUCACUUGUUCUUGCAGGAGUCAUUAACAGGAUCAGAUUUGCCUGGUGAUCUUGUGCUUCCAAGUACUGAGAAUGAAGAUGGUUCCAACACUUGUCAUGCUGAAAAAAUUCCAGGAUUUAAACAUGAAGGUGCUCUAUCAGACGAAGCAGUGUACUCACUGAAGAACACUGAAAGCUCUUCACGAGAUCAGAGACGAUUGUCCAUUGGGCUUCAUCACUUGUUCUUGCAGGAAUCAUUUAAAGGAUCAGAUGUGCAUGAUGAUCUUGUGCUUCCAAGUACUGAGAAUGAAGAUGAUUCCAACACUCGUCAUGCUGAAAAAAUGGUUUCUUCAGAACCUGAUUCACAUCAAGGCUCUCGUGUAGAUUUAAGUAUGGUUGAAGAAAUUAAGGGUUUGUUUUCAUCUCAGAGAGACUAUGAACAAGAAGGAUUCUUGAGUUCCAGCCACAAAACAGAAAAUGUUGCAUCUGCCCAGUUGGAUAUAUCAGAGGAUCGUAAUCUCAUGAGAAGGGAUAUUAUUACCGAGGUGAUCUGCAAGGAGGAAGAGAAACGUGAACUCAUUCCUUCUCUUGACACUGACACCCCUUGUGGAAUAUCACAUACUGAUGAACCUGAUGAACAGCAAAUAACACUGCUGCAAGCUGCGGAAACAUCGGCGUCAGCAGAUAAGCAGCUUAGCUCUGAGUCGGCGGAGGAUGAAUUUAAGGAACACAACGUUAGUAGUGAAGUAACAAGUGGCAUUUUUGGUGUUGGAUCGGUGAAGAGUAAUCUAUUCCAUUUGCACGAAGACUCUCACACCAAUCCUAUCCAGGGAAAGGAUCUCCCAAAUGACCUAUCUGCACCUAAAUCUCCUGUACAAUCCACCACUGGUCAGGCUGAGAGUCUUUUAGGAUCAGGCCUUUGUCACACUGUUGUUCGAAGGAGUACAGAAGAAAUCCACACGAAGCUCCAACAUAAGCGUAAAGAGGAAUGCAGCGAGUACAUUGAUGAUCAAGCCACUCUCAUGUCUGAACGUGCACUGUUUGGAGGAUCAGUAAGUGGAAUGACACUGCUGCCAACUGCAGAACCAUCUUCAUUGCCAGAAGAGCAGUUUGACCCUGAGCCCGAGUGUGAUGGAUUUGAGGAACCUGACUGUAGUUAUGAUGAAGAUGCAAGCUACUUAUUUGGUUCUGGAUCUGUGAAGAACAAUGUACCCCAUCUGGGUCAUAAGGAGGAAUACUAUGAGCACAGUGAUGAUCCAUACAUAAGUGGCAUGCCCAAGCCCUCACUGAACGGAGAAUCAGAAAGUGGAGUGGCACUGCUGCCAGCUGAAGAAACACCAGCAUUGACAAAUGAGCACCUUAACUUCAAGAUGGAGGAACCCAGUCUUUACUUCGAUAUAGACAUUAGUGACAUGUCUGAUACUGGAUUAAUGGAGAACGACAAUCUAUCUAGCUUGCCCAAAGAGAAUUAUAUGGAAACGUGGAAACAAGGUGAGAUUUCAAUUGGCACGUCUGCAGCAAAGUCUCUAGGAGAAUCUGCAGUUUGCUCAGAUGACAAGGUUCCUGGGUCAGGAGGAACCUGCCAAACUAGUGGGCGAUGACGUAUAGAUGAAAUUAGCACAAAGCUGCUGAGCUUCAAAAUUUCGAGCGCAGUCAAGGGAAGUUACAUUGCCCUGGACUCUGCCGACCCGAAGCAAGGCGACAACCCAAGUCCGUCUGCUUUACUAGGGAACUGGGAGAAUGUUCCUGCAACCGAAACAGAUGAUCCUGCAAAGCAAAACAGUGACUGCUCGGUUCCAAAGGACUCCUCAAGGCGAGAGGCCACCGACGGAUUGUAGAUUGUUAGGCUAGUGUUUUGGUUCCGUUCUUCAACCUUUGCCUGAAGGAAGUGAUUAUGUCUUCUAGGAUGCGAAAUCGAUAUCCAUGCUUGUCUUAAAACCAUUACCGUUUAGUGUGUCCAUGAUAAUAGUAAGAGAUUGAUGCAAUUGUCCAUAAUAGGUUGGUUUUUGCAGUCUAUGAGAAAAGCGUAGUUGUUAAUAUCCCUGCGUUUGUUCAAUAUCAUAUCUCUACGUUCUGCUGUCUUAUUUUGAGUCGAAUGUAUGUUCAGGAGUUGCGUUUUGUAGUUCGGCGUUUCUGGUCAAUUGGUUCGUUGCAAUUGUAUGCCUCAGAACAACGUGGGCAACCCUUUGAAAUUUAACAAUUGUUAUCUGUA